GAGGUGGUAAGAGGGAGGGAAGGAGGGUUUCAGGGCCGAUUAUGAUAGUUUUGGGACUAUAUGGUCGAUUUAUUCAAAUCAUCGACUGAUAAAAUGCCAUUGAUUAGUAAAAUUAUCAUAGAUCUGAUGCCAAAAUUCACAAAAUCUGAUAAAUAAUCCGCUGUAAUCUUCGUUGUUCAUAGUACAAAUUCCGCCUGCAAAAUUCGUCAGCUUGUUUUCGAUUUUUCCGCAAUUUCACGUUUCUUGGCAUUUUCUUGUUCUAACUUUCUUAUAUGAACAAAUCAACACUCCCAAAUAAAAUUGCAUGUAUCUCUCGUGCUAGUUUAAUUGCUCUACCAAAAUGAAGUGAACGGUAAUCCGGUUCUUCAUAUGAACUGUAGGUGUACUCAUUUUUUCCACUAUGAAUAUCUCAAUCAUAUACUCUCCCUUCUUCUUUUUUUCUCUCAUCUCUCUUUUAUUGUUUACCAAAGUGAAUUUUGCUUAAAUCCCUUUGAAUAUUUAUUCCGACCAGUCUGAUGAUUUUUUCUCCUUUACUAUCUGUCUAUUCAAAAAUUUGUUUUUUAUUUUUUUGGUGAGAUUUGGCGAUUGCUCUAUGAUGAUAUGUCAUAUAGAAUUAAGUUGAUUGAUCUGAUUUCGUUGAAAGGUCCAAGAAAUAAAUAUAAUCAAUUUGAUAAUGUAUUUUCUUAUAUAAAGUUUGCAAGAGAAUAGGCCAACAUUUCCAACAAAUUAAGUAAUCCAUUGACUUUCCAUUCUUUGCUCAUGAGUUGCGUUGGCAAAAUCCUGUCAAACCGAUCCACAGCCGAACAAUUAAAGGAUUUCUUGAUGUUUGAAAUUUUUUCCAUGGUAGCUUACCUACCAGAGUACACUUGUAAGCUUCUCUUUCACUCUCUCCUAACCCUCUCUCUUUCUGUCCUCUCUCCAAUUAUUCACCAAUCUGACUCAUAGCUUAUAUUUUCAAAACAACAGAUCAGCCUCCAAGUGUUGCUUAUGCUUAGUUGACAGAAAUGGCUUCUUCAUCCUUCAGCAAAGUCCUGCUAAUUCUAACUCUUCUGAAUCUCUCUGCAACUUUAGCUGAAAGGAUACUAUUAGGUUCAGAGCUUUCAGCAAGUUCAAACCAAUCAUGGAUAUCUGAUAAUGGAACCUUUGCUUUUGGCUUUGCUUCCUUGACUUCAGAUGAUAAUCUCCUUCUUGCAAUUUGGUAUGCUGGUCUUCCAGGUGAUCAGACCGUUGUAUGGUCUCCUAACAGAGAAUCUCUGGUAGGGAAGGAUGCAACAGUAAAGCUGGAUCAAACUGGAAACCUGCAACUUUUUGACAGAAACAAAUUGAUCUGGGGCUCAAACACUAGUAAUCAUGGCAUCGAAUUUGCCUAUCUGUCUGAUUCAGGCAACUUCCUUCUCUGUAUCAACGAAAAUCAGUCAGCAUGGGAGAGCUUCUGGCAUCCAUCUGAUACCCUCCUUCCUGGCCAGCAACUGACUGCUUCACUUGAAUUGACAUCAAAGAAGUCUCUAUUAGGCUACUAUUCCCUCAAAAUGCUUCAGCAGCACACAUCACUUAGUCUUGCGUUAGAUUACAUUCCAUUACCUGAAUCCCAGACCAAUUACUCCUACUGGUCCAGCCCCCAGAUCUCCAAUGCAACUGGAGAAGUUGUAGCCAUGCUUGAUAAUUUUGGUAACUUCGCAAUCAUGUAUGGAAAAUCAGCAGCUGGUGCAGUAUAUGUGCAUAAGAAUGAUUCUAGUAGUUCAUCUGCGCUACGACGAAUCUCAAUUGGUAUGGAUGGAAACUUGCAUCUUUAUCAAUGGAACAGUAGCAACAUAUGGGUGAGUCUGUGGGCGGCGGUGUCGAAUCCCUGCCAAGUUGCAGGAAUCUGUGGUGAUAAUAUAUGUAUUUUGAAUGGAACCAACAACUCAGGAGCAAGCUGUAAGAAUUUGCCAGAAUUACAGCCACAUUCACAAGAUUGUAAUGCAAAGAGGAAAAUGGAGAUGAUUCCACAAACCAAUUACUACUUUUCUGGAUCUUCGACGAUUGCAAAUUACACUGGUUUGUCGACAAGUUCUGAAUGUGGGGAUCACUGCCUAUCAGACUGUGAGUGUGUUGCUUCAGUUUAUGGGAUUGUAGAUGAGGAGGCUUACUGCUGGACUCUGAAUAGUAUGUUGUUUGGGGGUUUGCAGGAUCCAAGUUCCACACUUUACAUGAAGGUUGGAGAAAAUCAAACAUCAGGUGAAUCCGGACAGAAUGGAGGGAGAUCAAAUGAGUCCUCAAGUUCCUCAAGCCAUCACUAUGAGAUCAUUAUUCCGUUGUUGUUCUGUUUCUUUGCUCUCAUAUUGCUACUGGUCUUGUUGUUGGGAUUCAGCAUCAAGAGAAGGAAGAAACUUCAACAGAGAUUAUGCAGUUCUCUAAGCCUGCCAGGAGCUCCUGUGUAUUUCAGCUUUCAUGAUCUCCAGAUGGCAACUAAUAAUUUCUCUCGAUUGUUGGGAACAGGAGGAUUUGGAAGUGUGUAUAAGGGAACCCUUAGGGAUGGGACGCUGGUAGCUGUGAAGAAGCUUGAAAGGAUGCUGCCUCAUGGUGAAAGGGAGUUUGUAACUGAAGUAAGUACCAUAGGUGCCAUGCAUCACAUGAACUUGGUCAAUCUUUGUGGAUUCUGCUCUGAGAGAUCUCAUCGACUCCUUGUAUACGAGUACAUGAGCAAUGGCUCACUAGACAAAUGGAUCUUUCUUUCAAGCAACCAUCAAAGCAGAAUCCUGGAAUGGAAAACUCGCUUUCAAAUAUCCACCUCCAUUGCUCAAGGAAUCGCCUACUUCCAUGAACAGUGCAAGAACAGAAUCAUUCACUGCGACAUCAAGCCUGAGAACAUACUCUUGGAUGAGAAUUUCUGUCCAAAAGUUUCAGAUUUUGGGCUGGCAAAGCUUAUGAGCAGAGAACAUUCUCAUGUGAUCACCAUGGUUAGAGGUACAAGAGGGUACUUAGCUCCUGAGUGGAUAAGCAAUCGGCCUAUCACUGUUAAGGCUGAUGUUUAUAGCUAUGGAGUGCUUCUGCUUGAGAUCAUUGGAGGUAGGAGGAAUCUUGAUAUGUCUCUUGAUGCAGAAGAGUUUUUCUAUCCAAGCUUUGCUUUCAAGGAAAUGACAAAUGGGACGCCAAUGAGAGCAGCAGACAAGAGACUGAAGGGCAACAUAGAGCAAGAAGAGCUACUAAGAGCUCUACGUGCAGCCUUUUGGUGCAUUCAGGAUGAAGCAAUGGUGAGGCCAUCAAUGGGAGAAGUGGUGAAAAUGUUGGAAGGUUCAGUGGACAUAAACGAGCCACCGAUGCCUCAAGCUGUGCUGGAAUUCGUCGAAGAAGGGCUUCACACAGUGUACAAUGCCAUGAAGAGAGGCUUUCUUUAUGAAGAUCUCACUUCUUCAGCACUGACUUCUUCCUCGGUUGUUCAGAGCCGGGGGCUCUCGCAGGCGACCUGUAGCAAUUCAACCAUGUCGCCAAGGUAAGGGUUGGUAGAGAGAUUAAUGGAGUUUGUCUCUUGAAAUGAACUGAACUGGUUUGUUCGAUUAGGUGUUUUGUGGUUUUUGGUUUUUGGUUGGGUUGACAUUGAUUGGAUUUUUUUUGAAGAAGGAAUGAAUCAGGAAAAAGAUUAGGUUA